GUGGAGGAGCCCGUGUCGAAGCCCCCCAAGAAGGUCCGCCCUGGAUCUCCCGGCGCCGGCACCGGCACCGCCACGGGCACCCCCACCUACCCUAUGUGCCAGGUCGAUAAUUGUAAGGAGGAUCUGUCGACUGCCAAGGACUAUCACCGCAGACAUAAAGUUUGCGAGGUCCAUAGCAAAUCCUCCAAAGCCCUAGUUGCUAAGCUGAUGCAGAGGUUCUGCCAACAGUGCAGCAGAUUUCACCCACUUUCGGAAUUCGAUGAUGGGAAGAGGAGUUGUCGGAGGAGACUUGCGGGGCACAACUGGCGUAGAAGGAAAACACAGCCCGAGGACGUAUCCUCAAGGCUGACCCGCCCAGGAAGCAGGGGACCCCCGAGCAGUGGGAAUUUGGACAUCGUCAGUCUAUUGACCCUUCUGGCUCGGGCUCAAGGAAAAAACGAAGACCAGAGUGUGAAAAGCUUGUUGUCAUCAAAUAGUGACCAGCUCAUUCAGAUCCUCAAUAAGAUCAAUUCACUUCCUUUACCAGCAGACCUUGCAGCAAAGUUGCCCAAUUUAGAAAAUUUUAGGGGGAAGGCUGCUCCACAAAGUUCUUUCCAGCACCAAAACAAAUUAAAUGGAAAUGCAUCUUCUCCUUCCACCAUGGACUUGCUCACUGUGCUUUCAGCUACUUUAGCAGCAUCAGCUCCAGAUGCUCUUGCGAUGCUGUCGCAAAAGAGCAGCCUGAGUAGUGAUAGCGAAAAAACAAGGUCAUCGUGUCCAUCUGGUUCUGAUCUCCAGAAUAGGCCUCUCGAACUUCCUUCAGUUGGAGGAGGAGGAGAAAGGAGCAGCACCAGUUACCAGUCUCCCAUGGAAGAUUCGGAUGGACAAGUUCAAGGAACUCGAGUUGGUUUGCCACUUCAGCUGUUUAGCUCUUCGCCUGAACAUGAUGCUCCACCAAACUUGGCGGCUUCUAGGAAGUACUUUUCUUCUGAUAGCAGUAAUCCUAUUGAAGAGAGGUCUCCGUCAUCCUCGCCUCCUCUCCUUCAAAAGUUGUUUCCUGUGCAAAGCAUAGAAGAAACUACCAAUAAUGGGAAAAUACCCUUCAGAAAAGAAGUUAGUGGAAUCGUUGAGGUUCGAAAGCCUCCUAGUAGCAAUAUUCCCUUUGAACUCUUCAGAGAGUCAGAUAGAGGGGCUGACCGAGAUUUGUUUCGAACUCUUCCAUAUCAAGCUGGAUACACUUCUUCAGGGUCUGAUCAUUCGCCUUCUAGUUUAAAUUCUGAUGCUCAGGAUCGCACUGGAAGGAUAAGUUUUAAACUCUUUGACAAGGAUCCCAGUCAAUUUCCAGGGACAUUGCGGACACAAAUAUUCAAUUGGCUGUCUAAUUGUCCAUCUGAAAUGGAAAGCUACAUACGGCCAGGUUGUGUGGUUCUGUCAAUUUAUAUGUCUAUGUCAUCCAUUGCAUGGGAACAGCUUGAAGAAAAUUUGGUUCUUCAUGUUAAAUCUUUGGUUCAUAGUGAAGAGCUUGAUUUUUGGAGAAGUGGAAGAUUUUUAGUUUACACUGGGAGGCAACUAGCGUCACACAAGGAUGGGAAGAUUCGCCCGUACAAGUCCUUAAAAGCAUGGAGUAAUCCAGAGUUAAUCUCCGUGUCACCUUUGGCAGUUGUUGGUGGACAGAAGACCUCCUUUUUAUUAAGGGGAAGGAAUUUGAAAACUCCUGGUACCAAGAUUCAUUUCACAUCUAUGGGUGGCUACAUAUCCGAAGAAGUAAUGGGAUUAAGCAGGCAGGGAGUCAUAUACGAUGAGAUACACUCUGGAAGUUUCAAAAUUGGGGAUGCAUCACCUACAACUCUUGGUCGUUGUUUCAUUGAGGUGGAAAAUGGUUUUAGAGGAAAUAGUUUCCCUAUUAUUAUAGCUGAUGCUGCCAUCUGUAAGGAGUUGAGGCAUCUUGAGUCCGAGUUUGAUGAGUUUAAAGUACCAGAUAUCAGUUCAGAAAGUCAUUCAUAUGUUCCUGCGCAGCCAAGGCUAAAGGAUGAAAAUUUGCAGUUCUUGAAUGAACUUGGAUGGCUAUUCCAGAGAGAAAGGUUCUCUUCUGAGCUAGAUAAUCCAGAUAUUUUAAUUAGGCGGUUCAAACUUUUACUCGCGUUCUCAGCAGAGAGGGACUUUUGUGCGUUGGUUAAAACACUUCUUGACAUUCUGGUAAAGAAAUGCUUGAUCACAGAUGGGCUUCCAAUGAAAUCUUUGGAAAUGAUAUCUGAGAUUCAGCUCUUGAACCGGGCAGUGAAGAGGAGGUGCAGACGGAUGGUUGAUUUACUCGUCCAUUAUUGUGUAUCUGGCAUCGGUGAUACGGAGAAAAAAUACCUCUUUCCACCGAAUUUUAUAGGUCCUGGUGGUGUUACACCUCUGCAUUUGGCAGCUUCAAUGACAGAUGCAGAUGAUAUGGUUGAUGCACUGACAAAUGACCCGCUGGAGAUUGGAUUGAAGUGCUGGAGUUCCCAAUUAGACGCAAGCGGACAGUCGGCACGGGCAUAUGCUUUAAUGAGGGGUAAUAAUUCUUGUGACGAGUUGGUAAAUCGGAAGCUUGGUGACAGAAAGAAUGGUCAAGUUUCGGUGAGAAUUGGGAAUGAGAUAGAGCAACUACAGGUGUCAAGUGGUGAGGGGGGCAGGGUGCAGGCUAGAUCCUGCUCCAGGUGUGCAAUUGUUGCAGCAAAGUGCAACAGGAGGGUGCCUGGGAGUGGGACACACAGGAUGCUUCAUCGCCCCUACAUUCAUUCAAUGCUUGCUAUAGCUGCGGUGUGCGUUUGCGUGUGCCUAUUCUUGCGAGGUUCCCCGGACAUUGGUUUAGUUGCCCCAUUCAAAUGGGAGAACUUGGGGUAUGGGACUAUUUAAGUUUGUAUGGACUCGGAGAGAGUCAACGAAUAGAAAAAAAUGUGGGAGCAAAGUGGUGAAGGCCGAAGAAGGAAGCAGUGGUUGAUAAGACGAAGCCCUUCCUGUGAAAAAGAAACAAGAUAAGGGAGGAAAUACUAGUUGAAGUUGUUGAGGUUUAGCUAAUGAAGAAGAGGUCAACCAAUGGUAUUGUAUUAUUGCUGCUGUGAAGUGUGGACAAGACAGAAGACAAAAGGUUUGGGGUUUUGAAAUGUAAGAGAAGGCGCCGCUGGACGCCGAAGUUGAAUUCAAGAAAGAAGGUUGGGAAUGAUGAUGAAUGCUUGGAGAAGAAAGGAUGGAAAGAGAUUGAAAGGUUUGAUUUUCUUUGGUGAUCUGGCCUUCUCCCGACCCCUCUCACCUCCCUGCCCUCUUUUUCUUUUUUUUUUUCCCCUCUUUCUUUCUAUAUAUAUAUAUAUAUAUAUUAUUGUUUCUUAGUAGGAAGCCAUACAGUAAGUAGUAGUAUGAAUAUAAUCUAAUAUAUAUAAUUAUAUAUUACAGUUGCCGUCUAAAACAACACAUUGUAAAGUUGAUCCAAUCACAUUUAUACUUCUACAGACUUUUUCUGGAGAAAAAGAGGCCCAAGUGGCAAUUGACUGUUCUGUACCCAACGUUUUCUAUUCCAGUUGAACCAACACCUUUUCUUUUGCUAUUA